UACAGGAGGGCUGUGUUAGUGACUGAUGUGCUCUUGCCUUGUGCAUUUGCUCCAGACCCUCACCAUGGACCAACUCUGUGAAGGAAAUGACAGUUUUGCCAUUAAGUUAUUAAAACUGUUGGGUGAAGCAGAAACAUCACGAAAUGUCUUCUUCUCCCCGCUGAGCAUCAACAUUUCCUUGGCCAUGGUCUACCUGGGGGCAAGAGGAGACACUGCAGACCAGAUGUCCAAGGUACUUUUUGUGAACAAGGAUCAGGAUGUCCACCGAGGUUUCCAGUCACUUGUCACUAAAGUUAACAAAACUGGCACUCAGUACUUGCUUAGAAUGGCCAACAGACUCUUUGGAGAAGAAACAUGCGACUUCCUUUCAAGCUUUAAGGAAGCCUGUUGGAAGUUCUACCAGGCCGAGCUGGAGGAGCUGUCCUUUGCCAAGAACACCGAGGGAUGCAGGAAACACAUCAAUGACUGGGUGGCAGAGAAGACAGAAGGUAAGAUUUCAGAGGUGCUGGGUGCUGGGACAGUUGGUCCCCUGACUAAGCUAGUUCUUGUCAAUGCUGUCUAUUUCAAAGCAAAGUGGAAUGAGCAAUUUGACAGAAAGCACACAAGAGGAAUGCUGUUUAAAACUAACAAGGAGGAGAAGACAGUGCAGAUGAUGUUUAAGAGAGCCAAGUUUAAAAUAGGGCACAUAGAGGAGGUGCACUCGCAGGUGCUGGAGCUGCCCUAUGCAAAUGAAGAUCUGAGCAUGCUCAUUUUGCUUCCUGAUGACAACACGGAUCUUACUGUGGUGGAAAAGGCACUUACAUAUGAUACCUUCAGAGCUUGGACCAAUCCAGAAAAGAUGACCAAGAGCCAAGUGGAAGUGUUCCUUCCCGUACUAAAACUGGAGGAGAGUUACGACUUAGAGUCUGUUCUUCAACAUUUAGGAAUGACGGACGCCUUUGAGGAAACCAAAGCUGACUUCUCAGGCAUGUCAUCUAGGAAGAAUGUACCUUUGUCCAAAAUUUCCCACAAGUGCUUUGUGGAGGUCAACGAGGAGGGCACAGAGAUGGCUGCAGCCACGGCCGUAGUCAGGAAUACCCGGUGCAGCCGAAUGGGUCUGAGGUUUUGUGCAAACCACCCCUUCCUUUUCUUCAUCAGGCACAAUGAAACCAACAGCCUCUUGCUUUGUGGCAGAUUUUGUUCUCCGUAAUGUGGUGUGGAUGCUGUGCCAGCGUCUCUUUCUG